UCAGCUCUUCUCUGCAGUAGAACCUUAGCUGUUCCUUGGUCCAGCGCUGCAGUCUUCCUGCGCCGGCUUCUUUAGUGCGGGCUCUCAGCGUCUUCUGGGACACAUGACAGGUCAGCAGUCUCUUAGUCAUCCCCUGUACUGUCUGCAGUCUCUUAGUCAUCCCCUGUACUGUCUGCAGUCUCUGAUCAUCCCCUGCACAGUCUCUGGUCAUUUCUUGCACCAUGUCCUCAGGCUCUGGUCAUCCCCUGCACUGUCUGCAGUCUCUGGUCAUCCCCUGCACAGUCUCUGGUCAUUUCUUGCACCAUGUCCUCAGGCUCUGGUCAUCCCCUGCACUGUCUGCAGUCUCUGGUCAUCCCCUGCACAGUCUCUGGUCAUUUCUUGCACCAUGUCCUCAGGCUCUGGUCAUCCCCUGCACUGUCUGCAGUCUCUGGUCAUCCCCUGCACAGUCUCUGGCUCUGGUCAUCCCCUGCACUGUCUGCAGUCUCUGGUCAUCUCC